AUGAGUAUAUUGGUCAUUGGUAUGGCUGGCACCGAAGGAUAUCUGCUGGCGGCUAUAUAUGCAUGUGAUACAGCUAGGAUAGAGUGUAAGCCCUAUUCCCAUUUCUCCCCUAUAUCAUCCUAUAAUGAAGACGGAAAACCCCCGAAAUCCCCGCCAGCUGAGGAUGUUGGCUAUCAACGAAAUGAAAUUCGAAUAGUUCCACUGGAGAACCCUAUGCUUGCACUGGGUAAGGGACAUACACACAGUGUUGAACCAUGUGAACAAACCGGAGCCAUCCGCACACCCCAGGUUAUGCAUAAUAUACUGGAACUCAUUCCGAUUGGUUAUGAAGGGCAUCCUCCCUCCGCUGGCCAGAUUUGCGUGCAGCUGUUGACAAGCACCCAUGAGCGACUUGGGGCUCGGAUCUCUCGUGUGGCCAUCAUAUCAUUGCCAUCCAGGCUCGCUGAUAAUGAUACUGGAACAUCAUCCUGCUACUCUCAUAGCCCGAAGAUAUCUUUACGUCACCAUUUAUGCACAAUGCCUUCAGACACUUGUACGGCUAGCCGCAUUCUUGACAAGCUGCACGAGCACGUUAUGAGAAUUAGAAAUAGUGUGCCUGAGAACGGCCAUAUAGAUUUACAUGAUCUAGACAGUGUUGAACACGUGAUGAACUUUGAUUUCGAGCACUUGAAUGAGAAAGCGGUUCCCCCUCUUUACUUUGAACCCAUGCAGCCAGUCGAGUUGAAGCAGUUCCCACCCGAUCCAGCACAAGUGCGCAGUUUCUUCGACAUAAUCGAGCGUGGCAACGAUGAUUCCAGCUGUUGCCGCCAAAUUUCUGACCUCAUCUCUGACUAUGCAACCCGCAACGCAUUGUCUCACCAACAUCUUCAGAUUGUGGAGGCACCUGACAGUACCUUUUACUUGGAAGCGAGCCUCGCAUGGCCUUACAGUGGAAGAGGUUGGUGGGAAGUUUGUUAUGUGCUAGAGCCAGAGCCCAUGAAUGGAAAGGGCUAUCCCCAUCUAGCCCUUCACCUCCUUGACAGAACGGUAGCUCACGAGGACUCAAUUCUCUUCUCGGAGUUCAGUGCAUUGGUUAUUGCCAUGCGAGGGCGUGUACACCAACCAAAGAUAGAUUCGGAGUCAGAACGGGAAGAACUUUAUGAACAUGAAGACGCUGGUGAGGAGUAUACAAACUUCUUACCCAUGUCCUGCUCAGCCAUGUUUCCUGAUGAGGAAAUCUUUCCUGUACUGCUCAUCUCUUGUGUCCUUCCACAGCAUGCAAGGAUAUUUGCUGCAUGCAUUCAUCAAGGGAAGCUGGUGAUUAGACAGUCCAAACUCUACAGCUUUCAAUGGAGGGACAAGGCACCAGUGGAGUUAUUUACUCGACUCUUCCUCAGCAGUCCUGUGGACACCAGGGGCGAGACCCAUCCCGAGUUGUUUAGGGCCAGUAAUAUACCUCUUGAGGCAGACGAAUGGAUAAAGGCAGCGAGGGCCUACAAUCUCACCGGCAACACCUUGUGCACCUGGCCUAAUCUCCUUUCCGGGUCCAAAGUGUCCAAAGAACAAUUUCUCUUGUACCGCAUUGUCUGCCCCGCACGCAAGAAGCCGAGAGAAUUAGAUCUCACAUGGUUUGGUGUACCUCAUAAUACCAUUGCCGAUGCCCAAGAGAUGCUCAACCAGAGUGAUGCCUAUCGGCAUUACCUUCACAAUAUCCAAAAUGGCGACUGGGCUAACCCGACUUUGGGGGUUUUCGGGCCCGCUCUAAGGCUCCAGGCAGAGAUUUGGAAGGGAUGGAAUUCUAAGAGAGUAGACGCAACUGAUGAGGAUACUGUGAAUUCCGCUCUUAUUGAGCUGCUCAAUGCCCUGACCUCCACAAGCACUGAUGGAGUUGCUGGUGGAGGACAUACAAGAGGCGGCUUUCUAAGAGACCGGAGACUCUCGAAAGUGACGAUGCAGGAGGCGUCGCAGCUGGUUGCUCUGGUCAACCAGCAACCUGGUCAACCAGGUGCUGAUGGCAUGUACCGUCACUACCUUGCGAGCCAGUGUGGAACCCAGAUCUUUAUCAACUCUCUGGUUUACCAGAAGAAAUGGAUUGAUUACCUCCAAACUGGGCAGUAUAUAGAUGCCUUUGCGACAUUACAGUCUUACGGUCCCUACUAUAUCGACAGUAUUCGUGAUGGAGUGGAAAUCGAGCAACGCAUUAAAACAACGGCAAGGUGUCAGAUGAACCCUGAAACUCGACAACGGGGGGAAGAACAUUAUCAAAAAGACACAGUCACAAAGAAGCUGCCAAUGCAGUUAUUGGUUAACAUCGUCGUGAUGUUCAUGCUUGCCUUCUUGAACCCGACACGGGCGAGGGAUCGAACAGUUGCUCCAAUGGUUUCAAGUCAAUCUCUUCUACUCCUUUUUGGAGGUUCGUGA